CGCUGGCCGCCGCGGCGGCCGCGGCGGCCGCCUGGCGCGGCGGCGCCGCGCGGGCGGAGGGUGCGCCGGCGGGGAUCGCGCGAGUUCCAUAGCGAUUCUCAGCGAGUUCGUUGAGCCGUCGGACGUCGACGACAGGCUGAUGACCAGGGACGACUUCCAGAAGGGCAUGGCCAGGCUGAACAAGUUUCAGACCUCGCUGGCCAUCCAGGGGAAGCUCGAGCCCUCCGGGUCGGGCCGGACCCUGAACGGCUACUCCUGGGACACCACGGAGCCGGGCGUCUACGCUUCCGUCGUCAGCGCGAAGCCUCUGUUCAGCUCUGCCGCGAAGUACGACAGCGGAACUGGCUGGGCCAGUUUCUGGGCCCCAAUCGACGCCAGCAGCGUCGUGGAGCGCAUCUGCCCGCGGGACAAGAGGACGAAGCCCAAGGAGCAAUGGCGGGUCGAGGUCCUGGACAGAGCCUCGAUGACGAAGGUGGGCUAUGUCUUCCCGGACGGGCCAGAGCCGUCGGGAAAGCGCUACCGCAUCAAUGCUGGCGUGAUGGCUUUCGUUCCGUCGGCAACUCCUCCAAAGGCCGACGUCGCGCAGGCGAGGGCCGGGUGGUCCUUCGAGGCGGCGGCCGAGGACGCGGCGCCGGCCGUGCCGGCGCGGUAACCAACGGAGGCAGGCGGGCGGGCGGGCGCCCCGCGGCGGUUUCCUUCCUCGCGUCCGAAGCGUGCCUUCGCCGUGCAACGAUUCGGGGGCAAAACUCGAUGGGCGGCGGGGGGCCCCUGAGGUCCCGGCGACUCGAU